CGCCGCGGCCGCUUGCCAUGUCGGAGAUUUUAUGCGAGUGGCUGAACAAGGAGGUGAAGCUUUCCCGGACCGUGGGUCCAGGAUCAUUUUCAGAAGAAUUUUCUACUGGCUACCUCCUAGGAGAACUUCUACACAAGUAUGGUCUUCAGGAUGACUUUAAUCAAUUUUCACAGAGCAGGGUUGCAAAUGCAAAACUUAACAAUUUUUCUCGCCUGGAGCCCACACUUCACCUCCUUGGUGUACAGUUUAAUAAGAAUGUGGCCCAAGACAUCAUGACAGGACAGCAUGAGGCUAUAACAAAGCUUUUAUAUGAAUUGUAUAUUGCUUUAGAAAAAAAGAGAAAAGCCAAGAACACUGGAGUAACCAUGGAAGCAAUGAGAUCUGCAGCAGCUGCAAAUCUUAAAUCUUUUGAAGGUGGUUUACACCGAGAGCAUUUGAAAACUUUAAUGUCACAGCAUGCUGAUUUGCAACUAAAGCAGAUUUCAGAGCAUUUUGAAAUGAAACCUAAGGUUUUAGAAGAUAAGAUGGCUUGUACACAAAUUGCAGGACAACAGAAAGUUCAGAAGCAACAGGAGGAACAAAGUGCCCAAUACAAUGAAAAGUUUCACAUAGGAGGAAGACAAAAUGAAAUAAUGGCCAGGGUACGAGCAGACAUUACACAGAGCCCAAAACCACGAGCAAGUCACACCACAAAAGCUGUGGAAGACAAAAAAUCCUUGAAGAAGAAAAAAGAAGCAGAGGACAUGCGCAAAGAGAUAACAAAUUUUGAGAACUCUAUGGCAGCAAAUGCCUCUGCAGUACACAACCAAGUCACUGACAGUGAUAUACAAGAAUCAUUGCAAACACUGAAGCUGCAAGGAACAACUCUAGAAAAUACAGCACAGACAGCAGCUGAGCUGUUAAGUAUUUAUUCAGGUGAUGAAUAUAUAAAGAAGAUUAAAAACCGUUUGGAGGAAGAUACGUUUGCUAGAGAACAACAAGAAAAGAGACGACGAAAAAUGCUAAUAGAACAGUUAAAAGCACAUGAGGCUCAAGAGGAGGCUUUCAGGGAGGAGCAACUUAUUUACAGACUAAUGAGACAAUCUCAGCAGGAGCGGAGGAUUGCUGUUCAACUUAUGCAUGUUCGACAUGAAAAGGAGGUGUUGAGACAAAACAGAAUUUUCAGAGAAAAACAAUAUGAAGAAAGACGGCUGAAAGAGUUCCAGGAAGCUCUUGACAGAGAAGCGGCUCUUGCAAAACAAGAAAAAAUUGAUUAUGAAGAACAAAUUAUCAAAGAAAGAGAACGUCAUCAGAAAAUUUUCAUUGAAAGAGCCCAAGCACGUUAUAAAAAGCAUUAUUCUAUGUGUUGGGAGGUGAUUGGCCAAAUCAUUGAUUUGUCAACAAAAGUAGGAGAAUAUCGUCUACUGACAAACAACAAAAUUCCAAUAAAAUUAAUGCUUGAUUGGAAGGAGUUGUUUCUUCAUGGUAAACCAAUAUACGAACAAGCCUCGAUUCAACCUUUGCCAAAGGAAGCAAGCCCAGAGCAACUUGUAGAGCUGGAUAAAAUGAGUCUGUUAGAUGAAAAAGAUUAUAAUGAGUACAAGAGUAUGACAGGGGAAUGGUGCCCAACUGAAGAGACCAGCAAAAACAAACCACCUCUUAAUAAUAACAUACUGGGUCACGUGCUUCACAGACUGAUGAAGAUUUUCUAUCCUCCAAAACCCAAAGUUUCACUACCUAUAUUUCCUCCAUUUCCUAUCAAGGGAUGUAUUUUGGGAAAACUUUUUAGUGGAAAAACUACCUGUAUAAAGUUUAUUGAAAAAGUUUGCAAUAUUCAGGUACUAUCUGUUGAUACUCUGGUUCAGGAGGCCAUCCAAGCUUUUACUAAAAAUGAAAGGAAAAGGGAAGAAAAUAGGAUUCCAGAAGAAACAGAGAGUUCUGAGGAAAAAAAUGAAGUCCAGAAGAACUUAUCAAAAUCAUCACCGAAUAUUCUAAAGAAAUUGCAAACAGAAACACCUAUCAAUGGAACCAAAGGCAAUUUUCCUGUCAAAAAGGAUCCAUCAGAACAAGAUUUUAAAUCAGGUAACGGUCAGGAUGACCUGUCCAAGCUAUCUGUACGUGCCCAGCUUGGAGCUACAUCACAGAAACUGUUGAAGAGAGGAAAAAGUAUUCCUGAUGAAUUACUAGUUGACAUCCUAUUGGAAGCCAUUAACCAAAUACCACCAGACAAGGGGUGGAUUGUGGAUGGGUUUCCAAUGACAAUUAAUCAGGCAAAGCUAUUUGAAAAAGCCUAUACAGGGACUGAUGUGGAAGCAAAAGACACAGAUUCUGGAAGGCUCUCACUUGUUGCAGAUCCCAGAGCCCCUAACAAGCCUCCUGUUUCCUCACAUGCUUUUGAUGUUUCUGUAUUGUUGGAUAUGUCAGACACUGUCGUACUGAAACGUGUGGCUAACUUGAAGGAAAAUAAAUCAGAGUCAUCUCCAACUGAACAGGAAAACAACAAACAAAAUUCUGAGGUUGAAACCCUGGAAGAGAAGAUGGACUUAGCUAGGGAGCAGGUGCUACACAGAAUUUCAGGCUUUCUAGACACAUGGCCAAAAUUAGAGAAGUGGUUUUCAGUCCAUCAGAAUAUUCUAGUGAAAAUCAAUGCAGAGGCAGAAGAAAGUCUUGUUUGUGAAAUGGUGAAGGAUAUUAUAAUGGAAGAAAUUGCCAAAAAACAGAACAGAAGGUCUGCUCAAGAAAUAUCACCAGGAAAAAAGCUUUUGCCAGUUACUCAUGAAGAUAUGCUUCCUCCUAUCCCUGUGGCACCACCACCUGCUGAACCAGGAUCAGAUGAAUGGAUUUAUGUAGAUGAACCACUUCCCAAUGAGGUACCUGGGUUUUUAGUCCCUUACUGGGAAAUGGUUGAAAAUGCAUAUAUGAAUACCAUCAAAACUAUACUUAGAUGUCUAAGGGAUGAACAGCACUCUGCGAUUUCUUACUUAGCAGAUACGAGAAAAAAAUUCCAAGAAUACUUGAAGCAGCCAGAUCUUAAGCAGGAGUUUGUAUCUCAGUGGCAAUCAGAUUUUAAUUCAGUUGCCGAUGACCUGCGAGAGGAUGAGGAAACAAAAGCAGAACUGCACCAAAGAGUUACUGACCUAAGAGAUCGUCUCUGGGAUAUCUGUGAUAACAGAAGGGAAGAAGCAGAGAAGGAACGUAAUGAUAUCAUGAAUGACGGCUGGUUCUCAGAUCACAGGGGGAUUGCAAUGAACCAUUUCUUUUCACUUAUGCAGGUUGAACUGGAUCGUUUCCAAGAUACAAAGAGAAUUCUUCAUGACUACUAUGGGGCAAUGGAAGGAAAAGUCCCAACAGAUGAUGGUCAAGAUUUUGCUAGAAUCCCAUUGUUAGAUAUUAUUGAUGUAGGGCAGGAAGAAGACCAAAACAAAUCAAGAAGGAUUCCUCUGGUUUCUUGGAAACAACCUUCUCCAGAAAUAAAUACUGCCAAGUCAAAAAGCAAAGGAACUCUACAGAAGAGCACUAAUGAUGAUAAGUCUGAAGAUGGAGUGGCCACUUCUGGGAAAGACGAAAAUCUUAUUGCUGAUACAUGGCAAAGAGCAGUAACAACAGUAUCAAAUAUGGUAACAGCUGAUACACAGUCUGAAGAAAUGGAGGAAGAAAAAGAACUUCAGCAGCUAGAACUGAAAAAGAAUCUGAAACCUUCCCAGACUCCAUCAGGCAAAGCUACUGGGAAAGUUGCCACAGAUGCCAAAAAACCUUCUUCCAAAUCAGCUGCUAAAAAGAAAGGACCAGCAUCUACAGCAUCUGUGCUUGAAGUCAGUUCAGUUCCUUUAACCUCAGAAGAAAUAAAGAAGCAAGAACUGGCUCUUAAAAUAAAGCAAGAGUAUUUUAGUGCCUUGAAACAUGAAGAGUUAGCCACAAAAUUUCGACUAGAACUUAUAAAACAAAAGGCUUUAGCAUUUGUUGAAGAGCUUACAAUGAAAGCAGAAGAGGCCUACAAAGAUAUGGAAAAGUGGCUUGGAUCCAGGUUCUUGGCAGAAAUGUCGAGUGUUGAAAAGCUGGUUGAGGUUGCACGACAUCAUAUUGAGAGUUCCAGCAAAAUCAAAUAUGAAAUUACUUUAGAAGAAAGUGAUUUUUUCAUCAGCAGUGAUGUAAGCAUGAUUCCUGACCCAGUGCCUUCACCACAUGCUCCACACAUGGAGGCCUCUGGAAAUGGCACUCUAACUAUUUCACAAAUUAAUACACUUCACAAGCAGUUUCUUCAGGUGGCACCUAAAGCCAUAAGAGCAUUGAAGCAAUUUAAAAGCAAGAGUAAUUCCUCUAGCAAGAGAGAAGAUGGUGACAGAGGGAAAGAGAAGAAAGAUUUGGAACAUCAGAGAACAAAGAGGAAUCACCAGUUUCCAAAAAUAUGGUUAACAAAAUACUCCUGGUUAAAAUAUGAUGAUGAAAAAGGAAUGAUGUUUUGUGCACCAUGUCGUAAGCAUAAUGUGGAUUUAGGGGAAAAUAUUCAUAAUUUUUGUUCUGGCACUGAUGACUUCAAACUUGAAUUUAUAAAUACACACCAGAGUAGUGAAGCUCAUGCCUGGGCUACCUGCAUGGAAGCUGCCAGUACUGCUUCUCCAGAUACAGCUUCUGCUGAGCAGAUGUUGAAGACCAUGAACUCCAUAGCAUUAGGCAGAGUAGAAAAUAUUUUUAGAACAUACCAUGUUAUUGCUAAAUCUGGUCAUCCCUUUGCAGACCAUGACUGCAUGUGCAAACUAGCUGAUAAGAAAGGAGUGAAGCUUGGUUCUGUAUUUAGAAAUGACAAGUUGACAAGAACAAUUAUACGUCUUACUGCUGAAGCAGAAGGAAGGGCUUUGAAAGAGCAACUGGAUAAAUGUAAAUUCUUUUUUGCUAUUAGUGACAGAUUCAUGGACAAUGUACUCAAAGUAGUGGCAGUUAUCUGCAUACUCUUUGGAAAAAUACAUUGCCAGAUUGUUGGAGUGCAACCUGUUAAAAAAAUGGACACCUCAGCUACAAAAAAUUCAAUGCAAAUGAAUUUUCAGCUCAGUCGGGCAAGCGAAGACAGGUCAAGAAAAUUAGUUGGAUUUGGAAGCAAUAGAAAAGAUGUCAUGGUAGCAGAAAAUAGCAAAGGAACUAAACUGAGGGAAAUUCAGCCAUGUGUACAGUCUGCGAAUUGUUUUGCUCAACACCUAAAGAUGGCUUACAAAGGAGCACUGAAAAAUGUUCAGCUCUACAACAUCUUAGGCAAUGCCUUGAGAAAUACAUACCAUGUUUGUCAUAACUCAUCUCUAAAUAAGAAUAAUCUCAAAGCCACAUAUGAAGCCAUUGAGUUACGCUCAGCUGUUCCUUCUUUCAUUGGAGGCUUCCAGUGGUUUCCUCAUCUGCAAAGAGCUCUCCACAUUCUCCUUGAAGUUUAUCCUGCCACUGUUCUACAUCUGAGUAAGAUUGAAAGAGAUUCAAGAGCUUCAAACAGGCAGAGAGUCAAACUCCUUUUACACCUCCUUCUGAGAAUGGAGACAGCAAAGUUUUCUCACUUUGUGUUGGAUAUCAUCGAUGUCCUCAAUAUUCUGUCACACACUGUGCUGUAUCACAAUGCCUUCAUUGCAGAUGUAUUUGAGACCAUGCAGUCAGUGUUGGAAACACUACAGAUGUAUCAAACAAGAGCUGGUCCAAAGGAAUGCCUGAUGGAGACUGUUCAGCAUUUUCAUGAAUACAUGCUUAUGGGCAAUAGAAAUAUUUCAGCAGUACAAACCGAAGUACUAAGUAAUUUGGUGAAGAGGCUACCUAAUUGUUUUUGUGAUGCAAGUCAAGAUAUUUUGAGAGCUACCAUUGCUGGAAGUUUUAAAAUAUGCACUGAAAAAAUGAAACAAGUAAUUGUAAAUUUUUUAAAAGCAUAAAAAUAUUCUUCUGUUGCCUCUCUUACAGAAUUUGGUGAAAAAGAAGUGUCUCUCUUGAUUAGACAUUAUGAAGUCGAACUAGAAGCUGCUAUUAUGAAAAUACGUGAAGUAGAAACUGAAUGGAGCAUGCUGAAAUUAGAUCUAUAUAACAGAUUUCAGAACAUCCAGACUCUGACAGGGGGUUCAGUGAGCUUAGAUUAUUCAAAGAAAUAUCCCAACAGCCUGACAUUGGAAGAUCUGAUCCUGACUUUGGCAGCAAGCUCAGAAACAGAUAAAGUCUUCAGUCAAAUCAAACUGAUCAUGAUGCAUUUGCAUGCUAAACUAAGUUUUAUACCAAAGAAAGUAUUUAUUGACAUUUUAAAUGAUUUGACUCAUUUCAAUUUUGGAACAAAUUGCCUUCCUGAUGCAUGGAUGAACUUAACAACUCCAGAUUUACAAAAUUUGGCAUCCGCAUUCACAGUGAACUCGGGACUGACUGACUGGCGCAGGUUCUUGCUGGCAGCAGCACAGCCGUGGCCAGUGCCAUCUGUGACACAGCUUCUCAAGACACUACGUAGCUUUAAGUCUCUAGAUGUGACUGCAUCAGGCUUUGUUACACAGGAAGACUAUAUGCAGGUCAGCUUAUGGUUCAAUGGCCACGAUCUAGGCAUAACAGAAAGUUGCACAGAACCUUUGCCUUUAGAUAGGCUAAGACAUCUCCUACAGUUUUUUUUCAGUGUAUUUGCUGAUACCAGCAAAGAUCCUCCUCUGCUCAACUAUACUGAGAUGCUACUUUAUUUUGCCUUCCAUCCUGAUCCAGUUGAAGGCGUUUACAGGGCCCUUAGUGUUGCUGCUGGAAUACAUAUUGAGAGAAAAGAAGAAGCUUCUCUUCCGAGUGCUGAAAAGAUUUCAUCAGUGACUAUUGCUCCUGUUGAAACAGACAUCAUCUCUAGUACCACAACAGAGGUACCUCAUGGCUGCCUUAUAGCACACGCUUGUGCAUAUACCAAUGUAGAGGCAAACAAGAAAACUUUAAGAGAGGAUGAAAAAGAAAUCUCAAUUUACACACAUGAAGGAAUAAUUUCAAUGGAAACUCUACUCAAAAUAUUUUGUACUGGAGGAUGUGAAGAUAAUCAUAGAUUUAGUAAUCAGGAGAAGGAAGUCAGCUAUAAUAAGCAUUUCACCAAUACAUACAAGCAAUUAGGCACUGAAGAUCUGUCACCAAUUCCAGUUGCACUCCUUUUGAAGCACUCUUUCAUCCAAGACUUGAUCAACAGGUAUCAAGGAUACAAGCUUCCUGAUAUCAAAAUCCUUCUCCAAAAACCCAAACACAGUCAACUGCUGGAAAAAGGCACCACGUGA